GGGCGCCUCCGAGCGGCGCGCGCUUCCGGCACGCGGCGCGCGGCCCCGUGGCGGCUCCCCGCGCGGUGGUCUGCGGGGUUUCUGGGCGAGCGACUCGGUUCGGGCGUGCGUGGGCGCCCGCAGAGGCGCUGAAACAAGAAGCUGGGAAACCUAGGGAUUCCGAGGCCGCCCCAGAAAUGAUUCACGAACUGCUCUUGGCGCUGAGUGGGUACCCAGGGUCCAUUUUCACCUGGAACAAGCGGAGUGGCCUGCAGGUUUCCCAGGACUUCCCGUUUCUUCACCCCAGUGAGACUAGUGUCCUGAAUCGACUCUGCAGGCUUGGCACAGACUACAUUCGAUUCACUGAGUUCAUUGAGCAGUACACAGGCCAUGUGCAGCAACAGGAUCACCAUCCACCCCAGCAGGGCCAAGGUGGGCUGCCUGGGAUCUACCUGAGGGCCUUCUGCACAGGGCUGGAUUCAGUUUUACAGCCUUAUCGCCAAGCACUGCUUGACCUGGAACAAGAGUUCCUGGCUGACCCACAUCUCUCCAUAUCACAUGUCAAUUACUCCUUAGAUCAGUUUCAGCUCCUUUUUCCUUCUGUGGUGGUUGUAGUGGAGCAAAUUAAAAGCCAAAAGAUUCAUGGCUGCCAAAUCCUGGAAACAGUUUACAAACACAGCUGUGGGGGUUUGCCUCCAGUUCGAAGCGCACUGGAAAAAAUCUUGGCCGUAUGCCAUGGAGUCAUGUAUAAACAGCUCUCAGCCUGGAUGCUACAUGGACUCCUCUUGGACCAGCAUGAAGAGUUCUUUAUCAAACAGGGUCCAUCUUCUGGUAAUAUCAGUGCCCAGGCGGAAGAGGAUGAAGAGGAUCUGGGGAUUGGAGGGCUGACAGGAAAGCAGCUGAGAGAACUGCAGGACCUGCGCCUAAUUGAGGAAGAGAACAUGCUGGCCCCAUCUCUAAAGCAGUUUUCCCUGCGAGUGGAGAUUUUACCAUCCUACAUUCCAGUGAGGGUUGCUGAAAAAAUCCUCUUUGUUGGAGAAUCUGUCCAGAUGUUUGAGAAUCAAAAUGUGAACCUAACGAGGAAAGGGUCCAUCUUGAAGAACCAGGAGGACACUUUCGCUGCAGAGCUGCAUCGGCUCAAGCAGCAGCCGCUCUUCAGCCUCGUGGAUUUUGAGCAGGUGGUGGAUCGAAUUCGUAGCACUGUGGCUGAGCACCUCUGGAAGCUAAUGGUAGAGGAGUCAGACUUACUGGGUCAGCUGAAGAUCAUUAAAGACUUUUACCUUCUGGGACGAGGAGAACUGUUCCAGGCCUUCAUUGACACAGCUCAACACAUGUUAAAAACACCACCCACUGCAGUGACAGAGCAUGACGUGAAUGUGGCCUUUCAACAGUCAGCACACAAGGUGCUGCUAGAUGAUGACAACCUUCUUCCUCUGCUGCACUUGACAAUUGAGUAUCAUGGAAAGGACCACAAAGCAGAUGCCACCCAGCCAAGAGAAGGGCCUUCUCGGGAAACGUCUCCCAGGGAAGCCCCUGCUUCCGGCUGGGCUGCUCUGGGUCUCUCCUACAAAGUACAGUGGCCACUGCAUAUUCUCUUCACCCCAGCUGUCUUGGAAAAGUACAAUGUUGUUUUCAAGUACUUACUGAGUGUGCGCCGGGUCCAAGCUGAACUGCAGCACUGCUGGGCUCUCCAGAUGCAGCGUAAGCACCUCAAAUCUAACCAGACAGAUGCAGUCAAGUGGCGCCUAAGAAAUCACAUGGCCUUCUUAGUAGACAAUCUUCAGUACUAUCUCCAGGUAGAUGUGCUGGAGUCUCAGUUUUCACAGCUUCUUCAUCAGAUCAAUUCUACGCGGGACUUUGAAAGCAUCCGAUUGGCACAUGAUCAUUUCCUAAGCAAUUUGCUGGCCCAGUCCUUUAUUUUGCUGAAACCUGUGUUUCACUGCCUGAAUGAAAUCCUAGAUCUCUGUCACAGUUUUUGUUCACUGGUCAGUCAGAACCUGGGUCCACUGGAUGAGCGGGGAGCUGCCCAGCUGAGCAUUCUCGUGAAGGGCUUUAGUCGUCAGUCUUCACUCCUGUUCAAGAUUCUUUCCAGCGUUCGGAAUCACCAGAUCAACUCAGAUUUGGCUCAAUUACUGCUCCGGCUAGAUUAUAACAAGUAUUAUACCCAGGCUGGUGGAACUCUGGGCAGUUUUGGGAUGUGAAAACUGGUUCAUAAAAUGAAGUCACAGUCCUACCACGUUCUGGUGUCUGUAGCAAACCUCCCCAGUCAUCCGUCAAAUGCCUGCAGUCCAGAGGUAUAAAUCCUUCCUACCAUUCCUGGAGGGAAACUGGCUGGGGCCAGCUCUCUCUCUCUCUCCCCGCUCUCCACUCAAAGACUUUGCUCCUUUACACUAAGACAUCUGUUGGGUGGGUUCAUUUGUGCAACAGUGGUGUAUUGAGCAUUUACUAUGUCCCUAUGGACUCUGUGGAAGAUACCACAGAAAACAACUGGUAUCAAUAAAAUGUUUAGGUUUGGUUCAUAUGUAA